AUGGAAGCAAAGUUGCCAAAGAAGGUUGACAGGUGGGGCGGUGACGCGACCAAUUACGAAGCCCAAUUCAAUGAUCUCAAUCCCUCGAUUUUUGGUAACGGUAUCAUUGAGCUCAUCGACGUCGACCAGAGUCAGCCCACCAUUUCCCGAUUCCAGCUCGAUGCACACAACUACCCUGCCCCAUUGAAUUUUCCCAUGGGGGCAACUCUCGUUACCGAGGAUAACGAGGAAAACGUCAGUCCUUAUCCAUGGUAG